UCUGACCAUGUCUACGGAUUUGAGCACAUCAAACCACCACAAGGUGAACUUCUCUGCUCCGAGAGCCUUCUGCACCACAUUCAAAGCUGAUCUAAAGGAAUCACUCUUUCCCGACGAUCCCUUCAAGGGUCUUGAGAAUGAGAAAGCACUUGGGAAAGUCAAGAAAGGGUUGGUGUACUUUGUUCCGAUCUUCGAGUGGCUCCCCAAGUAUAACUUUCGUACUCUUCUGUACGAUCUCCUCGCCGGUCUCACCAUUACCAGCCUUGCUAUCCCCCAAGGAAUUAGCUACGCUAAACUAGCAGAAAUCCCACCCGUCAUUGGCCUAUAUACGAGCUUUGUUCCGCCUCUCUUUUAUGCAAUUUUGGGGGACUCCAAGUAUCUGGCCGUGGGAAACUUGGCGGCGUGCUCGUUACUUAUGAGAGAACAGAUCGGAGAAGUAGCAUCGCCGAAGAAUGAUCCCACUUUGUAUCUUCACCUGAUUUUUACGGCCGCCUUUGUCACAGGAGUCAUGCAGACACUAAUGGGUGUUCUAAGACUGGGGAUUUUAGUGGAUUUUUUAUCACAUUCUACCAUCACUGGUUUUAUGGGAGGGACUGCAGUUAUAAUUUCCUUGCAACAGUUGAAGGGAAUAUUAGGAAUGCAGAGUUUUACGACUGAAACGGACAUCAUAUCUGUUUUGAAAUCAGUUUUCCGACAUAGAAAAGAGUGGCAAUGGGAGACUGCCGUUGCUGGUAUUGUCUUCCUCAUUUUCCUUCAAAUAACAAAGUUCAUUAAGGACAAGAAGCCGAAGCUAUUUUGGAUAUCCGCCAUGAGUCCACUGGUUGUGGUUCUAGUUGGCUGCGUUUUUGCUUAUUUUGGCGAUGCUGAAAAUCAUGGAAUACCCAUUGUUGGACACUUGAAUAGAGGAAUCAAUCCUCUUUCCAUUCAGUAUUUGACCUUUGACAUGAGAUAUUUUCCAGCUGCUUUGAAGGCUGGGUGUAUUACUGGCGCUAUUGCCCUGGCUGAAGGAAUAGCCGUUGGAAGGAGCUUUGGCAUGAAGAGGAAUGAACAAGUUGAUGGGAAUAAGGAAAUGAUAGCUUAUGGAAUCAUGAACAUAAUGGGAUCUUUCACUUCUUGCUACUUGGCAGCGGGACCAUUUUCAAAGUCGGCGGUGAAUUACAGUGCGGGAGCAAAGACGGCAAUGGCGAACGCAGUACAGUCGUUGUUUAUGGUGCUGGUGCUUUUGUUAUUGGCUCCUUUCUUUAGUUAUACCCCUCUUGUUGCCCUAUCUGCCAUUAUCGUAUCUGCCAUGCUUGGACUCAUAAAAUACGACGUAGCUUUUGAACUGCUUAGGGUUGACAAGUUCGACUUUCUAGUUUGCAUGGCUGCCUUCUUAGGAGUGGCCUUCAUAAGCAUGGACAUUGGUCUUGGCCUCUCAGUGGGUCUUAGUCUCGUGAGAUCACUGCUUUAUGUGGCUAGGCCUGGCACUUGUAAGCUUGGAAAACUACCAGACUUGGGUCUAUAUCGUGACUUAGAGCAGUAUCCAAAUGGAAUAAAACAUUCAGGGAUCCUUGUCCUACAAAUUGGCUCCCCCAUUUACUGUGCAAAUUGCAACUAUAUUCGAGAGAGGAUUUUGAGAUGGAUUCGCGAUGAGCAAACCAGUUCCAGAGAUGUUGUUGAGCAUGUCUUGCUCGAUUUAUCAGGAGUUGUCACCAUUGACGUGCCUGGCAUUGAAACAAUGGCCGAGAUACUUAAAAUCCUGAGUGGAAUGAACAUUAAGCUAGGACUAAUAAACCCGAGAGUUAAGGUGAUGGAGAAGAUGAUAGCAUCGCAUUUCCUAGACAAAAUCAAGAAGGAAAAUGUGUUCUUGUCCGCGGAGGAUGCAGUCGAAUCAUGCAGGUUCUCACUUGACAGGUCCACUGAAAAUAGCGGUUCAUCAUCAACACGACAAUCUGAUGCUGUUUAGGAUUAAUGUACAUCAUUAAUUUGGCUGCAAUUAGCUAGAUAGCUAGUGCGCGCACGCAUCUUAUUGUUUUUUUUUUAGUGAAAGUAUUAUGAAUAGUAUUGCUGUGUAAAGUGGGAAUAAAGAUUUCCUGUGAUAGCUAGCUAGCUAGCUAGGUUUUUCUUACUUGAGAAGAGCAUUUUUAGUAAUGUUAGUCAUUUUUGAGUCAGAUUUUAGCCAAACUAGCUAAAAAGUCAUUUUAGCUAGCCACUUUAGAAAUACAUCUUCAUCAGUGUU